AAAGUAGUAAACUCAAAAGAAUACCAAAAGAAAAACGCAUGAAUUGAAGCCCUAGAGAUUCAAUCGCGUAAAACAACCCCACCCGGCUUCCCCCUCGCAGUCCCCACGCAGCAGUUUGUUGCAGCAGCCAGCCUUCUCCUCCCCCACGGCGGCCUUCUGUUCUCUCCGGCGGCAUUCUUCUCCUGCGGCUUGUCCGCCCCACGGCGGCACAGCAGCUACCUCCUACGGCUUCUUCUCCUUCACAGCAUCUCCAUCCUUCUUCUUGGAGUUCUGCUGCGAUUGUGAGGCAGCACUUCCCUUUUAAACAAAAAAUUUCCUGCACAUUGGAGUUCUGCACAUUAUACACUAGCUAUUUGGGUUUUAGAAGAAAGGGUAGAUGUUGAACGCUUGAAGCAGUGCCAAACUUGCCACUGGGACAUAAACACAGAGAGAAUUAAAGUAGAGAAAUAGAAAGAGAAGAAGAGAAGAAGUAAGAUGGGAGAAGAAAACUGCUGCAGGCAGAUACAGAAGAGGAAAUAGGAGAAGAAAGAAGGAUGAGGAAGAAGAGAAGAGUGAACGGCAGCAUGAGAGAGAGAAAACCUAAUCAGGAGAAGGGUUUUUAAGCUUGCGUUGUAGAUCCAAUGAAACAUAUUGUGAAGAUUAUGACAUUGCUAGUGGCUCUGUCUGCCAUUUGUAUUGGCCUCCUGCAGACAUCAGUGAUCCCCCACACCUAUGCUUUGUUGCUGCCUCUAUAUUCUGUUGUGUCAUUGGGAUGCUAUGGUCUUUUAAUGGUUGGCGUUGGUUUGAUGCAAUUUCCAACUUGCCCUCAAGAAGCAUUACUGUUGCAACAGGAUGUUGCCGAGGCCAAGGAAUUCCUGAAGCGAAAAGGGGUUGAUGUGGGUUCUGAUUGAAAGAUUGGUUUGUAGGAUGCUCUUGCUUCUGUUAUAAUCUGGAACUCCUAACUUAAAUAUACUUGUAGAACUGUGCAUUGUAAUAUUCUUGCCAGAAUGCCGUUUCUUUUGGAAAAGGAUCAUCAGUUUAGGCAGUGUUAUUAGCUUGGACAUGAAUUCUGUUGCGCUUAUUAUGGGCUUGAAUUUGUUUCCAUCGUAACCCUAUGCUAUGCUUGAGAGAGGUCUUAGAUUUGAA